AUGAGUGAUUAUUAUUAUUGGAAAAACCAUGGUGAGGUGAUUCCCCCAAUUCCCCUAGUGGUUGCUAGUCAUUCAUAUUAUGGAAGUAGAUGUCAGAGGGAAAUGUUUGAUAAUUAUGAGCAGUUAGUAAUGGAUGUUGCAGAACCAGAAAUUGGAAACUAUGUAGAGCAAGAAGGUCAAGACGAAGAAGAUGUAAUGGAAGAAUAUCCUAAUGAAGAAGCACGAAAGUUCUUUGAAAUGUUGAAAGCAGCACGAUCACAUUUAUGGCAUGGUUGUGAUAGAUAUUUUGUGUUGUCAGCAUCUUUAACAACAUUAAGUUUGAAAGCAGACUAUGGGUUAUCUGAAGGCUAUUUCAAUGGAUGGAUGCAGUUUAUGGGAAAUGCUUUGCCAGAGAAUAAUUGUAUGCCUAAAAUUUUUUAUCAAGUAAGGAAAUCGAUUGCUGAACUAGGGUUGGCAAGUUUAAAAAUUGAAUAUUAUGUGAAAGGAUGUAUGUUGUAUUAUAAGGAGGACGACACACUCCAAAAGUGUAAAAUAUGUAGAGAGGAGUGA